AUGGCUGUGCCGUGUAAGCAGUUUAAUUUGCAUGUUUUGAUUAGCAAGCAUAGCAGGUUUACAAGCCUUGUAGUUCUUUACUCCUUUUGUCCUUGUAGUCGGAAAGCAGCAGCUGUGUUCUCUGGACAGGCUUCUCAGCAUCACCACCUCCCUGCCUGUUUGACCCCUGUUCUUUUCUCUUUAGGAAUUGACUACAAGACGACUACCAUCCUGUUGGACGGCAGAAGGGUCAAGCUGGAGCUCUGGGACACGUCGGGGCAAGGCAGAUUUUGCACCAUUUUCAGGUCGUACUCCAGAGGAGCCCAGGGAAUUCUCCUGGUGUAUGACAUCACCAACCGCUGGUCCUUUGAUGGGAUAGAUCGAUGGAUAAAGGAAAUAGAUGAGCAUGCCCCAGGGGUGCCCCGGAUCCUGGUGGGAAACAGACUUCACCUGGCCUUCAAACGACAGGUGCCCACAGAGCAGGCCAGGGCGUACGCUGAGAAGAACUGCAUGACAUUCUUUGAGGUCAGCCCACUGUGCAACUUCAACGUCAUAGAGUCCUUCACAGAGCUGUCUCGUAUCGUCCUCAUGCGGCACGGCAUGGAGAAGAUCUGGAGACCCAACCGAGUGUUCAGCCUGCAGGACCUGUGCUGCCGAGCCAUCGUUUCCUGCACCCCCGUGCACCUCAUCGACAAGCUGCCGCUGCCCGUCACCAUCAAGAGUCACCUGAAAUCCUUCUCCAUGGCCAACGGGAUGAACGCGGUGAUGAUGCACGGCCGCUCCUACUCCCUGGCCAGCAGCGGGGGAGGCAGCAGCAGCAAAGGCAACAGCCUGAAGAGAUCCAAAUCCAUUCGGCCGCCCCAGAGCCCCCCCCAGAACUGCUCGCGCAACAACUGCAAGAUCUCUUAGCAGGACGGGCACGCCGUGAGCUCCGUGUGCACCCACACGCCCAUGUACAGACGUUCGCACACUUCACCCUUUCCGACCGGAUCCUUCAGGAUGGGCCUCGGCUGCUCUCCCCGCGGUGCACGCAGGCGUCAGGAAUGUGCUCUCCUUUGGCCCCGCAUGUGAAGCGUGCUGCCGGCUGCAGGGGGGAGAGGACUCUGCCGAGUGACCCUCCAGGAAUGCUUUGGGCUUCACCUCUCGGCCUGGGGUGGAAAAUUCAGCAGCUGCCGGGUUGGGGAGGGGGA